UAAAGUUAUCUCCGAAACAUCAGCAAUCAAUCAAGUUGACUUUUUUUGCUAAAAUUCAAGAUUAUAAAGGAGAACGCUGCCAAAUUUAAAUCCAGUUCGAAGGUUUUCGGUUACAACUCAAAAUGAGGUUGACAUCAGUUUUUCUGGGUGUCUUAGCCAUUUCGCAACAAGUUUUUGGGGCAGCCGAUAUUUGUAAUAGCACCAAUUGCCUUAUCGAGGAAAAUUGUCGUUGUUCUUCGAUUACUAGUCCUUUGGCUCUUGAAGAUACGCCACAACUUAUCGUAUUAGCUUUUGUCGACGCUGCUAAACCGGAACUUUACCAAUCAAGAUGGUCUCCAUUGAUCGAGCCUAGAAAAAAUCCAGAUGGUGACUUUGCUUCGGCAACUUUUUACGUACCCCACGAAUACAGUGACUACCAAAUCGUUCAUGAUUUAGCUUCUAUUGGUUUCGAAAUCGGCGUACAUUCAGUAACAAACGACCCUCAUCAAGACUACUGGAGGGACGGCGCGCAACCACUUUUGGAACAAGAAUUCGGUGACCAACGUAAAAUCAUUUCAAAAUUCGCCAAUAUUCCCGAAAAAUACAUUACUGGAACUCUAACACCACAACUUCAAUUGGCCGGCGACAAUUCCAUUAACGCUUUUGUGGCUCGAGGAUUUUCGUAUGAUAAUUCUUGGCCUUCCAGAAACAGGCUGUUUCCAUACACUUUGGAUUAUGCCACCACUCAGAUUUGCGACGUCGGCGCAAACUGUCCUCAAGAAUCCCAUCCAGGCUUCUGGAUCAAUCCCAUUGUGGAUUUGACUAGCGAAGAUGGGGAUUUGUGCGCUACUUUAGCUGCUUGCUUCAAUACAAGAUCCAAUCAAACCUCCCAAGAAAUUUCUGAUUGGUUAGUCAAACAAGUGGAAACAGUUAAAAUAAAAAACAGGGCCCCAUUGACGCUUAUUAUCGAAGAAAAAUUAUUCAGUAGCGUAAACGAAUCGUGGACCGGACUUACAGAUGCCUUGGACAGAAUUCAAGAAGAUAAAACUGUGUUUUUGGUAUCUCAAUCUAGAGUUAUCCAAUGGCUCAAAAAUCCCGUGCCAGUAUCCGAAUUCAAAACAGAUGCAGUGAGUAUCACUACUGGAUGCGUGAAAGACACUUGCAGUUUGAAAAAACUUACUGGUGAAACUAGAUACAUGGUCAGUUGUGUACCUUGUCCUAAAAACUAUCCAUGGUUGGGAAAUCCAGAAGGAGUUUAAUCUAUAAUCAUUUUUUGAGGAAACUUGUUGUUUUAUUAUAAUCAAGCUUCUGAAAAUUUAAUAAACUAAUUACAGAAAAAUACAAGUGCUAUAUGUUUUCUCAUCAUAAUAAAGAUUUAAUCAAACGCAUCUGUUAGAUCAUCCUCAAAAAUCCAGUAAGUU